AUGGCAGAAAGGGUGUGCCACGGGGACACUAUUCGAGUUAAAGUCAACAACCAACUAGCAGAUGGAGGAGAUAUAGCCAUUCACUGGCAUGGCAUACAUCAAUUCCAGACCGUUUGGAUGGACGGCGUCGCAAUGAUCACGCAAUGCCCCAUACCAUUCGCAACGUCAUUCGUGUACAAAUUCGUGGCAGACCCGCCUGGUACCCACUGGUGGCACUCUCAUACGGGCGUUCAGCGUGGGGAAGGAAUGUACGGGCCUCUGAUUGUUCGCUCCCCGAAAACAAUUGAAAGUAACAGUAACUUGUAUGAUGUUGAUAUUUUAGACCAUGUUAUGAUUAUUUACGAUUGGACAAGCAACCUAGUAUUCGAUAACUACGUUUCAUCUAUUACAGGCGCACUUACUUAUCAACAUACGUUAUCAAUACUGAUUAAUGGUAAAGGACGAAAUUCUCAAUAUUAUUAUUAUGAUGAAGCCAACGAUAAAGAUGUCUAUACACCUAGGUCUGUGUUUGAAGUAGAAGAAGGGCUCAGGUAUCGUAUGCGCAUUAUUAAUAGUGCAUUUGGUGAUUGUAACGUCCAAAUAACCAUUGAGGAUCAUCCAAUGACUAUUAUUGCUACAGAUGGAUAUGAGAUCCAUCCAGUCACAGUCGACUCUCUUAUUGUUGUUCCGGGUGAAAGGUUCGAUAUUGUUAUAGAAGCAUCCCUUAAGCCGUCUUCAUACUGCAUAUAUCUAAAUCCAGUUCCCAACAUCCUGUGUGAAACAAAUAGCUCCGCCAUUCUGAAGUACAGGUCGGCGGAAAUUGUGGACUUGAAUUGUGACCUAGGCUACAGAGGUAAAACUGUAUUUACCUCGAUGCAGAUACAUAACAUCAAUGAGGAUCUCAACAGGGAUGAUUACUACACGUUCAAUGAUACACAGUCAUACGAACCAGUUGAUCCAGAUUUAGAAAAUGUUGAUGAGAUGUACUACAUGACGACAGAUUGGGUAAUAUUUCAUUUCUCAUCAAAUUCGCAAAAUUCCACAAAUCAUACGUACCCACGUAUGCAAAUAAACAACGUAGAGUUCAAACUACCGGAAAAGCCUUUCAUCUCAUCUUUGGAUACGAACGUGGAUAUUUGUCAGCCGGGUGUGAAUAGCAGUUUAUUUGAUUAUUGCAGGAUGCAUAUGUGUCACUGUACGAAUGUUAUUAAGCUGAAGAUUGGCAAGGUGGUAGAGUUGGUUUUGUUUGACACUAUGAAUGUAGCGCCUCACCCGAUGCAUAUGCAUGGCCAGUCAUUUCGAGUCCUUGCUCAAGAAGCCACCGAUUCUCAUUUAACUUUAGAUGAUGUCAAAGAAUUGGAUAAACAAGGUAAAAUAAAUCGAAUUCCUGUAGAAAGAUCUGUUAUUAAGGAUACAAUGAAUUUACCAAAGAAUGGUUACGCUGUCAUUCGAUGGAAGCCAGAAAAUCCGGGUUAUUGGUUCUUCCAUUGUCACGUUGAUUACCACGGACUGGGUGGAAUGACUAUCGUAGUUCAAGUCGGUGAUGAUGAUGAGAUUCCAAAACCACCGAAAGAUUUCCCGUCUUGUGGACCCUGGUCACCUGAUUAAAUUUUGACAGCCUUUAACGUCCCAGUUGAACGAUGUAAUUGGUUAAAUUAAUAAAGUUCUACUGACACAGUGACGGUACUAGGAUAAAAAUGUACAAUACCUCUUGCAUUGAACUUAAACUGUCUGUAGUAAAAAGCACAGAAAAAAAAAUCAAACAUUUAAUUGUGAUGUUCUAGUUUAUCAGCAAAAAUUGUGCUUGUUUCGUCACUACAGCUUUUGCGAUUGCGCCGCCAAGGUAAACCCAGGCACAGAGGGCCGUCCUCCAUCCACAGAGUACGUAACGCCAGAAGCUAGGCGCUUGAGACUGAUUGUUCGUCAGACUACCACCGACAAUCAGCAGGACGAUGGGUCGUAGCGUCGUCAACGCCCGCAGAAGCAGAGAAGUCGCUUAACUGACGGUCGUGUGACCGUCGUACUACGCUGUGCAUAUCCCGAUUAUUCUAAUUGACUUGUCGCAUUAUAUUUAAGAUUAUGAAAAUUUAUCUAGAUGUUUUGCAUUUAGGCUAUGUUCUCACACGGUAGCUAACUGUUAGCAGGAUCCGGAUCCUGCUAACCGUUAGCUGCCGUGCGUCCUUACGAGUAGAUCCCGAUCCCGAUACCAAGAAUAUGAUGAUCGAAUCACUGGCCAAUAAGAAACUGGAAAUUGUAAACGCGUACGUGUGAUUGGUUAAUGAUAGAAACGAGCUCAACGUGCUAACCGAAAGCGCUUGCUAACCGUCACGGUAUCCGGAUACCGCUAACGGUUAGCUAAUCGCUAACCUAUAUGGCGUUCUCACAAAGGUGCUCAGUUAGCGCUAACGGUUAGCUCCCGAUCCGGAUACUAGGGCUCUCGUGAGAAACAGGCUACAGGCUUACAUUUGUUUUUAUUUUUAAUUGAUGUAAAUGUUAUAAAUUGUUUUUCAUGUAUUACGAAGUGAUAAAUUUGUAUUUUUUUGCACAAUUCUGUUACAUUUAGGUACCGGUAAUUAAGUCUGAAACGGUCCAUUAAAAAAUACAGUAGGCUCUCUGUGGGAGUUUUGUGUCUACUGCUUGACAUGC